AACACCAAAUCUGGCAUCAGGAAAGACUCCCUUCAAGCGCACAGAGACCAGGAAGACUGAUAGUUCGGAGCAAAGUCUCGUCGAACCAAAGGCAAAGAACUUUAGGUUGGCUGUAGAUGUCGGUAACGUCAGUCCCGAUGACCUGAGUGUUAAAAUUUCCGAUGGCGUUCUCAAAGUAAAUGGCAAAUCAACGGAGGCCGACACGGACGGCAAUGUGUACAGCGUGUAUACCUUCACCCAUGAGUUCAUGCUUCCAAAAAACGUUAACGUCGACUCUCUGACUUCGAAACUGAAAGAAGAUGGGGUGCUGAUGUUCGAGGCUCCACUGCUGGCUACCAAAGAACCAACAGAAAUAUACUUGCCUAUUACAGUUGACAAAACGAAUGAACUGAAUGAAGAACCCGAGUCUAAAACUGAGUUGCCGCAAUCAGAAGAAUCUCUGAAAUGUGAAGCAGGGAACUGAAAUGUCGCCGACGCCGAACAUUAAUCCAACAUAACGUGUAUCUUCACGAUCUAUUCGAACACUGAGUGGCGACGAAUGUCCUUUCUCGAAAUUUAUAAUUUAGUGACAGUUGUUAUUAAGGAUGGGUGCAGAAUAGGAUUGAUUUAAAUAUGGACAAAUUUUUAUAUCGUAUCUCAUUUCAAAAUUGUUAUGCAUUUGGGCAUCAUUUGUAUUUGUUUUAUUUUUACCCAUUGUUAAACGGAGCUGGGUGCAUUUCAUUUACCAUUCCUGUUAUAAUAUUAUUUUAUUAAUACAUGUUAUUCA